AUGAGAAUUGAAAUUGAAAAUGAAAACACUGGGGCUAUAAGGACUGUUAAGGAGAAGCAAUGGGCUGAAAACAAUGAGGAAGAAGACAGGGUAAAAGAACAAGCUGGACAAAAGAAUAAGGUUAAUAUUAAAGGAAACAGUAAUGAAGAACAAAAGAACAAAGAGGGGAAAGCUGAUGCUAACAAGGAUGAUGAAAUAGAGAGGCAGAAACAGAAUAAUCAGACCAUACACAGUGACAAGCAGAAACAAGAGGAACAGGGAGAAAAUGUUGUUGUCCAACACAAAACUAUUGAGCAAGAUGAUGCAGUAGACACAAAAGGGCCAGCUCAGCAAGAAUGCCACAAUAGUGAGGGUAAACAGAGCAAAGAAGAAGAUAAUGCACCAGACAACAUGAUAGAAAUUAUAAUCAAAGAGAAGGUGCAUAUUGAAGAAAAAAAAAAGGAAACAGAUAGGCAACAUGUAUCUCAGCACAUAGAGAUACAAGACAAUGCAAAUUCAGGAGAAGAACAACCAAAAGAUAUAAUAUAUGAGGAAGAGGAAGUACCUGAAGAACCACCUGAUGGGAAAAAAGUUGAGGAGCAGCUAACAGCAUUUGAAUUCCAAGUGCAUCAGAUGGAAAAUUCUGCAAAAUCAAUUGAAACCGAAAACAUUUAA